GAGGGAACACAGACACAGAUAGACACAAAUCAAGAUAAACAGAUACGACAGAGGGAGAGCGAACACAGUCACAGACCGCAUCCGAAUUACACCGAGAGCGCAGGCUCUUCCUGUGGCUGCGGUUCUCAGAAGCUGAGCUGCUGGUGUGUGAGCUGUCACUGCCCCAGGCACAGGGAACAUGUCAGAGCGGGAGUGCCAGCCUGCGGGAAGGGAGCUGAAGAUUGUGAUAGUGGGCGACGGGGGUUGUGGCAAAACCUCCCUCCUGCUGGUGUUCGCCAAGGGAGACUUCCCUGAGCAAUACGCUCCUUCUGUGUUUGAAAAAUACGUAAAGGACAUAACCGUUGGGAACAAGAUUGUUACCUUGACACUGUAUGACACGGCGGGUCAAGAAGACUAUGACAGGCUCCGGCCUCUGGCCUACCAGGACGCCAACGUUGUCUUAAUCUGUUACGAUGUCACAAAUCCCACCAGUUAUGAGAACGUCCUGAUUAAGUGGUACCCAGAGGUAGCUCACUUCUGCCCUGGGGUCCCCAUACUCCUCAUCGGAUGCAAGACCGAUCUUCGGAUGGACAAGGAACGGUUACGGAAACUCCGAGCUUCCGAACUGGAGCCAGUCACAUACUCAGAGGGAGAUGCCACGGCCAAGCAGAUCAAGGCAGUGAUGUACCUGGAAUGCUCGGCCAAGUUCCGCGAGAACAUCGAAGACAUCUUUAAAGAAACUGCCAAAGCAGCCUUGAAGGAAAAGCGGAAGAAACGAAAGAAGCAGAAAGCCUGCCAGUUGCUGUGACGGCUUCUCACCCAGAGAUGUGACCAUGCAGCGGAAGCUAUAACAGAGACUCAGCUCCAUUCCACGCACCCAAUUGAGGAACCAAUUGGUUAUUGGAGGAAUGGAUUAAUUACAAUGAUGCUCAUUUCAAAUGUACCUGUUUGUCAACCCCUCCCCUUCCUCCCCAACACCCCUACCCCCCACUUCCUAAUGGCACUGCACUAAGCCAAAAGCAGCACAAAGUGCCAGGCUCCAUUUGUGCUCUGUACUGAGCUUGCUGGUCUCAAAAUGCGGCAGCCAGUUUGCGCACAGCCAUGCCCCAGAAACAGCCAUGGAGUGAGUGAGUGAGCAAUUUUAUUAGGGGGAUUUGUUGGCCAGUACACCGGGAGGGAGAGAGGGAGAGAAACUCCCUUCUGUUUUCGAAGAGUGCCCCUGGAGAUCCUUAAGGUCCACCUGAACAGGACCCAGGCGUUUUAAUGGGCUUAAUGUCUCAUCCGAAGGACGGCACCUCCGACAAAACAACACACCUUGAGAGGGAAGGCUUCAAGUAGAUUGUCACAUGAGCUUCAACCAGCAAGGCUGCUGAGCGGGUCUGAGUCAUUGCAAACCCAGACCCCCAAGUUGAUUUUCUGCCAUUUGACACAGGCUAUAAACAUAGCAGAGAUUAGCAGACUGACCUUGCUCUGCACAGGUGUGUGAGGAAGCGGUCAGUUAGUGCAGCGGGCAGGCACUAAGUCACUUUUUUUCUAAUAAAAAAACCUAAAAUAAAAUAGGUGCAUUUCUUAAAAGAAAAGGUUUUCUAAAUUGUUGUGAGUAAUGAAAAUAUCGCGGGGAGUGGGGGGGG